GCGCCACCCUCAGCUAAAUGUCGAACAGACUAAAUCGUGAAGACUUCGCAGUCGUUACCUACAACGAUCAUUCCAAAAGACAAGAACUAUUUUUCCCCUUUGUGUUGCAACAAAUGUGUCAAUGAAGACACCGGACACCAAGGCCAAGCUCCUCAAUAAUUUAAGUCUUUCUAAGCAUCUGUCCUCCAAAAAGGGCGGCUCUCGCACCAGCAACUGCGGCAACUGUCUGGAAUUCUCCGUGCUCACCCGGCUCUCCAGUGUGCCUUGAACCCCUCCAAUCCAAGCUCCUUUUAGCUCCUGUUGAAACUUGAAAACACAUUCGUUCAAAAUGGUCCACCAAAUUCGUACCCCCAACAAGGCCAUUCCAGCCAAGCAUCUGAGUCCCAUGCGGACUGUGGAGGGUCUGGGCGGAAAGUAUGCCGUGUCCAGCAGUCCGGCCGACAGCUUCUUGCGGAACAAUAGGCUCACGGUUCAGAGCAGCUCCCAGAAGCCAUCGGCAGCCUUCAAAUACAACCAAAUGGUCAUCAACAAUCGGGAGCAAUUCAAUGCACUUCAUUUCUGCUAGGAUGACAGAAGGGCUAGCUUCUGGGACCUGGAGAGGCCGGAAUGGAAGGGAUGCCGGACAGCAGUAUCAAUAUACCUAUUACCUGUCACAAAAUAACGCAAUAAAUUAAUUCACAAAAAUUUUCCAAUAA